UCACUCACUAGUAGGAGUAGGCGUGGCGCCUGGAGAUGCUCAACUGUUCGCGAAUCGCAUCACGUGACCUCCCUAUCGCCUCUUGUGUUUGUAACACGUGCACGAUUCGGCGAUUUCCAGAAUUUUCAGCAGAUUUCACCCCGGAUUUUAUGUGUUAAAAGGGCGGAAUUGCCAAGACAAAAUGCAGUUGUUUGUUCGCGGUUUGAGCACGCAGGUGUUGGAGGUGUCCUCAGAUGAGACGGUGGGACAGAUCAGGAGCAGGCUGCUGCAGGCCGAGUCCGUGGAAGGCGAGCUGCUGCUCAGUUGCGAGGGCGUGCCUCUGGAGGACAGCCUGACCGCCGGCAGCCUUCUGUGCCCCACUUUGGACGCCAAUGUGUCCGUCAAGGGAGGAAAGGUGCACGGCUCGUUGGCCCGUGCUGGAAAGGUCAAGGGCCAGACCCCCAGGGUGGAGAAGGGCGAAAAGAAGAAGAAGAAGACUGGUCGCGCUAAGCGCCGCAUCCAGUAUAACAGGAGGUUCGUCAACGUUGUCCAAGGCUUCGGCAGACGCCGCGGACCCAACGCCAACUCGUAAUGGCUUAAUCUAUUUGUAAUGAAACUCUUUUGAUUGGAUUGAAUGGAGAUGAGGCGGAAAAUACAUUAAAAUAAAAAAAAAAUUAC